AUGUUUCCUACGGUAAAAGUGUCCAUAUCAAAUAUCGACGCCGACGGGCUCUACUACGUAUUCCUUGACGUCAUUCCAGUUGACAAUAAAAGAUAUCGUUAUAUUUAUAACAAAUCAGCGUGGCUGACUGCUGGAAAAGCUGAACCAGCGCCAAAGAAUCGAUUGUACUUGCAUCCAGAUUCGCCAUAUACGGGAGAACAGCUACUGAAACAAGUUGUUUCAUUCGAGAAGGCAAAACUUACUAACAAUGAGAUAGACAAAGCUGGCCAUCUAAUCCUGAAUUCCAUGCACAAGUAUCAGCCGAGAAUCCACGUUGUGAGACGAAAUAAAGGACAACAUCUAGAUCAUAACAAGGUCAAUCUCGCAGAGGAAGUUCAUCGAACAUUUGUGUUCCCUGAAACUCAAUUUAUGGCUGUCACAGCAUAUCAAAACCAGCUGGUUUGUGGUUUUCCUGAUAAAUUUUUCACCAGUUUUUUU